AUGCGCACAUCCAGGUCCUUCCGAGUGAGAUAUGGAGGGAAUCGGGCUGUGGCUGUGAGGGGCCGAUUCCUCGCUCUGGAUGGGACGACCUCCUCCUCCAUCUUAACAUUCCUUGGCUUUUGCACUCCCAUCAUGCAACUGUCUGACUACAGGGAUGGCAUUUCUUAUGAUGCCCUGUUCCAGAGCCAGCACACACUAGAUAUGAAGGUCACUGAUGUCACAGAGAGUGUCAUUUAUCAUCUUGGCUAUCGGAGGGAGGAGCUGAUUGGUCAGUCUUGGUACAGCCUCUUACAUCCUGCAGAUGUUGCAUCAGCAGCUGCCCAACAUGAGAGCCUGAUGUGUGACACUGGGAGGUGCAAUCAGCACUUAGUGGUUCGCCUGCUCUGCAAAGACCUGAGCUGGGCAUGGGUGCAAAUCAUAGCAUCAAAGGAGUAUGAGAGAGGAAAAGAGAUCAUCACCUGCACCAACUUCAGCCUCAGUGAGGAAGAAGCUCAGUAUCUCCAGGGCCAGAAUCCAUGGCAUGGAGCCAUCUCUGCAGCUGCCCUGAGUCCAAGGCACUAUGCCAGAGAAAAAGAGCACAAGACACUGCCAAGAACGCUAAAUCCCUUUCCACAGGAGACAGUAAUGCCUAACCAUGGGGUACCCAACUAUAGUCCCUGCCAGUUCCCUAAUGCCCAUCAGGAGGAGAUGCUGCCAACUUCCCUACAACCUUCCUUCACCACCUGCUUCCCUGCUCCCACUGUAGGGGCUGGGUUACCCUCCCAGGAGACUGGGUGCUCUAUCCUACCCGAUGGGCAGAGGAAUCUGUCCUGCCCUUUCAGUGUUUACAAGUCACCCUACAGCCAGCCCUUCUCCAGUCCUUGUGUGCUCUGUUCCCCAGAAGUUCCCCUUUCUCCUGGCAGCAGCCCUUCUAUUCAUGCUUGUCCGGUCCCUGUAGCAGGGCAGUCCCCAGGCGUGUCUCCUGCAGUGUUCCCGUCCUCUGAGACAGAGAGAUGGGCAAUCAGUGUGUUGGCUGAGCAGAUCCACUCCCUGGCUGAAAGCCUAUCUCAAUACACAAAGCAAGUGCAACCAGAGACUCCUAAUGUCCCACUGUGGUCUGAGCGACCCAUUGCUGACAGCCAACUGGGGUCAGGACAGGGCUGGGGCAACUCUGGAACAGUGGCUUGCCUAGCAGAGCCCUGUUUAGAUGAAGACAUCAUUACCAGUAUCUUAAACAAUCUGCUGGAGACUGGGGGUCCAAACUCACCCACCACUGCACUGGGGUCAUCACCCGCUAUCUUGCCUUCAGACUCUGACUCGCAGGAUGGCCCUCCAUUCCAGAUACCCAUGUCUCCAACAGUCACCUGUCCAGAUCAGUGCCUCUUCCUACAGCCUUUGACCACCUCUGCGUCAUUUGACUCCUGUGCACCAGUGUCCCUAUGGGAUGGAGAUCUCAAUGAGACUCCAUGGAGCACUGCAGCAAAAUAA